AUGACAAAUCCAUCGCAGCUCUUCCUCCUUGCAGAUCACAUCAAGCUGUCGCUUCUGGAACGCCAGCGGGCGAUCUCGCUGAACCUAGAACCGAACAGCCAAGAUGGGGAGAUCUCCCGCUCGCUCGAAUCCCUGCGCGACGGCAUCGCCAAGGUGGAAGCCGACUGUGCCGGUCGGGCCGCGACAAACAACGACGACACCACCGACCUGAGAGACCAGCUGGGUCACCUGCAAUCGCAGUACCAGGAGCUCUCGGCGCAGUUUCACCGGCCAGAAUCGUCCGCCAAUAACGACGACCCGACUCGGGCGUCGCCCGAGUUCCCCAACGUCCAGCAGGGCUCCGCGCCCGACCUCAAACAGCCCGUGCCGCAGCAUCCGUCCUCCAAGUCCGUCCGGUUCAUGGAUGCCGCCGCCGCCGAGGACGACGAGCUUAACCGGCGCAAUCUGUUCCAGCCGUACCGCGACUCUCCGUCGCCGCAGGGGGCGGACACGUCGGCCAUGUCCAACGAGCAGAUCUACAGUCAUCAUGACCAGGUCCUCCGUGAUCAGGAUGAGCAGCUCGACCGGCUCGGCGAGUCGAUCGGCCGGCAACACCAGCUCAGUAUCCAGAUUGGAGAUGAACUGGACGGCCAUGUUGCGCUGUUGGAUGAUCUCGACGGGCAUGUAGAACGCCAUCAGACCCGUCUGGACGGGGCCCGACGACGGUUGGACAAGUUCCGGCGGAGCGCCAGUGAGAACUGGAGCAUGAUGACCAUCAUCGGCUUGAUUAUCACUCUGGUCAUUCUGAUUGUGCUGUUGAAAUGA